GCUGUCAGGUCCCUUCGCCUUUUGUUCGGUUACUGAGUUGCUGCCUUGGCCAGAGUCCGGAGCAGCCGCCGCCCGAGCGCGCCGAGCUCAGUUUGCAGCCCGCGCCGGCUCCCAUCCCGGCCCGACCCCUACCCAGCCCGGCCAGGCUCCACACGCAGCAGCCACCAUGGAGGUGAUGAACCUGAUUGAACAACCCAUCAAGGUGACUGAGUGGCAACAGACGUACACCUAUGACUCGGGCAUCCACUCGGGGGCCAACACCUGCGUGCCCUCGGUCAGCAGCAAGGGCAUCAUGGAGGAGGACGAGGCCUGCGGGCGCCAGUACACGCUCAAGAAGACCACCACCUACACCCAGGCGGUGCCCCAGAGCCAAGGUGACUUGGAGUACCAGAUGUCCACAACGGCCAGAGCUAAGCGGGUGCGGGAGGCCAUGUGUCCUGGCGUGACAGGAGAAGACAGCUCGCUGCUGCUGGCCACUCAGGUGGAGGGGCAGACCACCAACCUGCAGCGGCUGGCCGAGCCAUCCCAGCUGCUCAAGUCAGCCAUUGUACAUCUCAUCAACUACCAGGACGACGCUGAGCUGGCCACCCGGGCCCUGCCUGAGCUCACCAAACUGCUCAAUGAUGAGGACCCGGUAGUGGUGACCAAGGCGGCCAUGAUUGUGAACCAGCUGUCAAAGAAGGAGGCGUCUCGGCGGGCGCUGAUGGGCUCACCCCAGCUGGUGGCGGCUGUCGUGCGCACCAUGCAGAACACCAGUGACUUGGACACGGCCCGCUGCACCACCAGCAUCCUGCACAACCUCUCCCAUCACCGUGAGGGGCUCCUUGCCAUCUUCAAGUCAGGCGGCAUCCCUGCCCUGGUCCGCAUGCUCAGCUCCCCCGUGGAGUCUGUCCUGUUCUACGCCAUCACCACGCUGCACAACCUGCUGCUCUACCAGGAGGGCGCCAAGAUGGCGGUGCGCCUGGCGGAUGGGCUGCAAAAGAUGGUGCCCCUGCUCAACAAGAACAACCCCAAGUUCCUGGCCAUCACCACCGACUGCCUGCAGCUCCUGGCCUAUGGCAACCAGGAGAGCAAGCUCAUCAUCCUGGCCAAUGGAGGACCCCAGGCCCUCGUGCAGAUCAUGCGCAACUACAGUUAUGAGAAGCUGCUCUGGACCACCAGCCGUGUGCUCAAGGUGCUGUCUGUGUGUUCCAGCAAUAAGCCCGCCAUUGUGGAGGCUGGUGGGAUGCAGGCCCUGGGUAAACACCUGACCAGCAACAGCCCCCGCCUGGUGCAGAACUGCCUCUGGACCCUGCGCAACCUCUCGGAUGUGGCCACCAAGCAGGAGGGCCUGGAGAGCGUGCUGAAGAUCCUGGUGAACCAGCUGAGCGUGGACGACGUCAACGUCCUCACCUGUGCCACGGGUACUCUGUCCAACCUGACGUGUAACAACAGCAAGAACAAGACGCUGGUGACGCAGAACAGCGGCGUGGAGGCGCUCAUCCAUGCCAUCCUGCGCGCGGGCGACAAGGACGACAUCACAGAGCCCGCUGUCUGUGCCCUGCGCCACCUCACCAGCCGCCACCCCGAGGCGGAGAUGGCCCAGAACUCUGUGCGCCUCAACUACGGCAUCCCAGCCAUUGUGAAGCUGCUUAACCAGCCCAACCAGUGGCCACUGGUCAAGGCAACCAUCGGCCUGAUCCGGAAUCUGGCCCUGUGCCCAGCCAACCAUGCCCCACUGCAGGAGGCCGCGGUCAUUCCCCGCCUUGUCCAGCUGCUGGUCAAGGCCCACCAGGAUGCCCAGCGCCACGUGGCUGCAGGCACCCAGCAGCCCUACACGGAUGGCGUGAGGAUGGAGGAGAUCGUGGAGGGCUGCACUGGAGCCCUGCACAUCCUUGCCCGGGAUCCCAUGAACCGCAUGGAGAUCUUCCGACUUAACACCAUCCCCCUGUUUGUGCAGCUCCUGUACUCCUCGGUGGAGAACAUCCAGCGUGUAGCUGCUGGGGUGCUGUGUGAGCUGGCCCAGGACAAGGAGGCAGCCGACGCCAUUGAUGCUGAGGGGGCCUCAGCCCCACUCAUGGAGCUCCUGCACUCCCGCAACGAGGGCACCGCCACCUACGCCGCUGCUGUCCUGUUCCGCAUCUCCGAGGACAAGAACCCAGAUUACCGUAAGCGUGUGUCUGUGGAGCUCACCAACUCCCUCUUCAAGCACGACCCUGCCGCCUGGGAGGCUGCCCAGAGCAUGAUCCCCAUCAAUGAACCCUAUGCAGAUGACAUGGAUGCCACCUACCGCCCCAUGUACUCGAGUGAUGUGCCCCUGGACCCCCUGGAGAUGCACAUGGACAUGGACGGGGACUAUCCCAUCGACACCUACAGCGACGGCCUCCGGCCCCCCUUCCCUACUGCGGACCACAUGCUGGCCUAGCUGGCUGGAUCCCAGUAUGAUGCCUCCCCACUUUGCAGCUCUCCCUCGCGCUUUCCCUUCCCUUUAGAACCUCCUCCCUGCUGAGGCCCUCUCGUGUUUCCGUUGAAACCCUGGCUCCUUUUUGGGGGAUAAGUGUGGGCUUCUUGGUGCUGAGCUCCCCGAGAGAAAGCCUCGGCCUGCCACGUUUUGUUAUCUCUGCUCGGGGUAGGGGGUCCUGCUCCUCCUAUGGGUGGUCGGCAGGUGACUCUGGACUGGCAUGAGCUCCUAGGGGUCACAGGCCCAGCCUGACCCCUCUUUGUCUGCCCCUCCCCCAGGUGCGGUCUCCCAUCUGAGAGGCUCUCCGCGCAGGUGAUGGGGCGAGAUAGCAAAGUGCCUGAGCCCGGGCAGCAGGGCUGCGGCUUCCAGCUGAACCCCACGCCUCCAGAGGUCCUCUGUAGGGUCUGUCUUGGGAUGGUGAUCUGCUCCUGCUUUUCUGUUCUGGGCCAGGGGUCCAGGGCCCGACACCCCCUUCCUACCCCCGAGGCCCUGGCACUAAAGCUUAGAGACUCGAGGCACCCUCUGUUCCCCCAGAAACCUACCCUCCUCCUGGGCUGCCCUCCCCUGGAAAUCUCCCCUCCUCUCGGGCUGUCUCCAGUGGCUUGGGCCCCACGGGGCUUUGGUUUCUCCUCUGGCUCUGAUCACUGAACUCCAUUCAGCAAUUGUGCUGAGCCCCUGGGGUCUCCGGGACCCAUGUUCAAGGCCCAAAGGCCCAGAAUCCAAAGCUUCUCUUGAAAAGUUCAGGGAUCGUCCAGGGAAAUGGGGCGAAGAUGUGGAGAGCGAGUCCCCCGCUCCAGGACACUGCCUGCUCCUCUCUCCAGGAUGCUCAACUGGCUUUGGCACCCACCCCAGGGGAGCUUGGGGACAGCUUCCUCGCCCCCCCAUCCAUGUAACUGCCCUAGCUGACCCCUGAGAAGUGCUCUUGGCUGACCCCUCUGGUGUGUGGUGAGGGGCUUUCUCUUCCCCUUCCUGUUUCAAACUCCCCUCACUACCUCCUGCACAUGGGUGUGGGGGGCUGGGGGGGGGUCCCAGCAGAGAGUUUUAUUAUUACCGCUUUAUGUUUUUGGUUU